UGCCCGGCUACGGUUGAUUCCACGUACAAAACAUCACAGUAGGCACCGGCAACAAAAACAGUCAACAUCGCGGCGCACCACUUUCGGGCUGUAGCUUCUCCGUUCCGUGCUUCUUACAAUAUGGCUUAUCGUAAUCGUGCCAAGAUCGCACCGAAAGAGCAGAACGCGUGGAAUGUGCCGUUGCAGCCCAAACCCGACCCUGUCGGUGGAAGGGCACGGAAAGUGUCCACGGGCGGCAGCAGCUCCAAGACGGUAACAGCGCCCGCCACACCGGAGUCCAAAAUCCCGCUGCCUACUGUGUCGUCGAGCAUGCUGAAAAAAUCACAGGACAAGUUUAACCAGGUGCAACGUCAGCAUGCCGAAAGGGCCAAAAAGUAUGCGGCCGAGUACGUGUCGAGCGAGGAGGAGGCGGAGGAGGAGCUGGAUGAGGCUGUCGGCCAAGGGGAGGCAAACGAGUUGGCCACCCGAAACAUUCUCGGGGACGUGUUGAGAAAUUACAACGGCAUCGAUGCGGACGUGGGCAAAACGCAGGAUUAUUUGCAAAAUCUGCUCGAAUCUCGCAAUGCCGUGUGUUUGAUCUGCAUCGAGACGGUGAAACGCGUGGACAGGAUCUGGUCCUGUGGCGCGUGCUACACGUUCUUUCACCUCAUGUGCAUCCAACGGUGGGCUAAUGAUAGCAUGUCGAUGAAGCGCAUUCACCACGAACAGCAGGAGGGCUACUACAACAACCGGGGUGAGUACAUACCGAAGCCGGCGCUGAAUGUGCAGUGGGACUGCCCGAAAUGUCGCCGGGAGUAUCGGCCGGACGAAAUACCACGCCACUACGAUUGCUUCUGCGGGAAGGAGCGUGAACCGGCCGCCCAUCCGUGGCUGAUACCGCACUCGUGCGGCGAGCUGUGUGAGAAGAAGCUGGCACCGGCCUGUGGCCAUACGUGCCGGCUGCUGUGUCAUCCAGGGCCGUGUCCACCGUGCCCGCAGACCGUCAGUGUUUCGUGCCGCUGUGGAAGUUCGCCAGUCAAAUCGAUCCGCUGUGCACAGAAAUCGUGGACCUGCGUCAAAAAGUGUAAACGAACGCUAAGCUGCGGAAUGCACGAGUGUGGCACGCAAUGUCAUGAUCCCGGCAAAUGUCCACCGUGUCAGAACCGUAGCAAGCAGCCGUGUCUUUGCGAGGCACAAACCAAGGAGGUCAACUGUCACGAAUCACGCUGGCAGUGUGGCACCGUAUGCAACCAACCGCUACCGUGUGGACUGCAUCAGUGCGAACGGGUUUGUCACGCGGGACCGUGUGGCGAUUGUCCGCUCGGGUUGCCACGAUCCUGCCCGUGCGGUAAGUCGGAAACACGUGCCGCAUCCUGUGCGGAACGCAUAGGCACGUGCGGUGAUACGUGCGAUAAGUUGCUGGCCUGCGCACAACACCGCUGCCCGGAACGAUGUCACCAGGGUGCGUGUGGCAACUGUUUGGAGCUGGUGCCGAAGGUUUGCCGCUGUGGUUCCACGAAAAAGCCGAUCGUGUGUCACCGGGAGGCAGUUUGCGAGGGCCGUUGCAAACGGAUGCGCACCUGUGGAAAGCAUCAGUGCAAUCGGAAAUGCUGCGAUGGACAGUGUCAGCUGUGUGAUCGGGUGUGCGGGAAGACGCUGCCCUGCGGGAAGCAUAAAUGCAGCUCCAUGUGCCAUCAGGGUCCGUGCUAUCCGUGUAAUCAAAAGACGACCGUGAAAUGUCGGUGUGGCGGCACUGUGGUGGAAGUUGCGUGUGGCCGCGAAAGGAAAGCAAAUGCACCGAAAUGUAAGCUACCCUGCCGCGUGGCAUCCAAAUGCCAUCAUCCGAAUACACACCUCUGCCACACGGGCGAAUGUCCACCGUGCACACAGCCAUGCGGUGAGCGGAAUGAUACGACCAACUGUGACCAUCUGUGCCGGGCCAAAUGCCAUGACGCGGUACGUGUGGUAACGCGGGACAAAAACUUUAAACCCGCCGGUCCGUGGGAGGUGCCGAAGGAGAUUGUGGAGGUGAAAGCGCUGCCCCAUCCACCCUGCAGCGAGAAGGUACCGGUCAUGUGUCUCGGUGGUCAUGAAACGGCCGAUUGGCCCUGUUCCAACUCGAAACCUUCGUCGUGCGGUAGGCCAUGCGAUCGACUGCUGAAAUGUGGCGUGCACCGUUGUCCGCUGCCGUGCCACAAGGUAACGCACCGGGCCAGUACGACGCAGGAUUCGCGGUGUGAGGCCUGUACGGCCGGAUGUUCGCUGGCCCGCCCGGAAGGAUGUGUGCAUCCGUGCACGCUGCCCUGCCACAAAGCCCCAUGCAAUCCGUGCCUGGUGUCGAUGAAAGCGCAGUGCUACUGUGGUCUCACGCAGGUGUUUUACAAAUGCCACGAGUUUUAUCCUUCCGAUAUGGAGCGUAUGGGUCCGGAAGAGUUGGCGCAGUUGACCGUACGGCGCGAAUCGUUUCUCAGCUGCGGUCAAAAGUGUAUCAAGAAUUUCCCUUGCGGACAUCGUUGCUUUUCCAUCUGCCAUCCGGGACGCUGCCCAAAUCCGGAGCUCUGUACGAAGAAGGUAAAGAUAGGCUGCAAGUGUGGCCACCGCAAGGCGGAGGUGUCGUGCAGGGUGGCGCGCAACAAUUCCACCCUCGACUGUGACCAACAGUGUGAAGCAAUCCGUGCCCAGAAGCAGGAGGAGCAGGAGCGCAAGGAGCGGGAAGCGCGCGCCCAGCAGGAGCUCGAGAAUCAGCGCGAACUGGAAGAGUUUGAGCGUAAGUUUAACAAACGAAAGUACCGCGAACGGAAGCGGCAUCAGGUGCGAGAGGAGGAAACGGGAAGACAUUGGGCGGUAUACGUGGUGCCGGUUGUGGCUGUGUUGCUAGGUGUAGUUGUAUAUGUUUGGUUAAUGCAAUAAAUUGUGUGUUUCGUUUUACUCUU